GGAUCGAAAGGCUGUGGGUCGUCAACCAUUUGACCGCAUGGUGACUUUAUUGGCCCACCUCGGUCCGCCUGAGCAUAAACCGGUGGAUUCAAUAUGGAAUUGUAUGGAUUUGCCCUCUAAUCGUCUGGAAGAUUGGGUUCUGCGUGGCUACCAAUUCCGAGAUAGUGACGAAUUCAAACGAUUGAAGUCGUUAAAUGUGUUCUAUCAGGCGGGAACCAGUCGAUUUGGAAAUCCGGUAUUCUAUUAUAUUGCAAGACGUUACAAAUCUCAAGAAUACCAACGCGUAGAAUACCCUUUGAUUAUCUGUCUCGUCUCCGUCACUUUGGAUGCCUAUCGCAACAAACCGUUCGAGCUAGUGGUCGACUUUACUCAUGCCUCUGUCGAGAAUCGUUUCAAAAACGACCUGUUGAACAAGUGGGCCAGUAUUAUUGGACCGGUCUUGCGCGAACACUUAGUGGCUGCUUACAUUUACAAUUGUAAUUCAUGGGUUCGUGAAUACACCAAGAUACACGAUCGUUUCUUCGCGCCGAUUAAAGGCUCACGCAAAUUAGUGUUCAUUGAUCAUCCUUCUCGACUGAACGAGUACAUUGAACCGGAACAGCAACGAUUACCCGGUGGAACUCUGGUACUGGAAGAGGAUUUACGUGUGUUUAACAACGCUCUGAAGUUAUCGCAUAAGGAUACCAAGGUGGCGAUCAAGGUAUGCACAAACGCGAUCCAAGUCACAUCGACGGAGAAGAGCAAAGUUCUUGGGCAUUCAGUCAUCCUCAAUGACGUAUACUACGCUUCGGAAAUUGAGGAAGUGUGUCUGGUUGACGACAAUCAGUUCACCUUGACCAUCUCGAACGACAACGGACCUUUAUCCUUCAUUCACGAUGCAUGUGAUUCCAUCGUUCAAGCAAUCAUUCACAUUCGUACCCGGUGGGCUCUCUCCCAACCGGAUACACAUGCAAUGCACACCAAGAUAAGACCCAGAGACGUUCCCGGGACAUUGUUAAACAUUGCUCUGUUAAAUCUUGGCAGCUCUGAUCCCAGUCUCAGAUCGGCUGCCUACAAUCUAUUGUGUGCCCUUACGCAGACUUUCAAUUUAAAAAUUGAGGGGCAGUUGUUGGAAACCAAGGGUCUAUGCAUUCCCGGAAAUAACACGUUGUUCAUCUCUGAGAUCAGCAAGCGUUUGGCUCAACUCGAGCCCCAUUUGACCCUGGAAUUUCUCGAAGAGUGUAUUCAAGGUUUCAGUCGUUCAAGCAUCGAGAUGAAACAUUUGUGUUUGGAAUACAUAACGCCAUGGUUACGCAAUUUGACACGAUUUUGUCGAUCAGAUGAUGCCAAAAGACAAAAAGUUCAUGCAAUUAUUGACAAGUUGAUUACGCUUACAAUCGAGGAAGAGCAGAUGUAUCCGUCUAUCCAAACCAAAAUUUGGGGGAACUUGGGUCAAGUACCCCAGCUACUUGGUCUUGUCUUGGACAGCUUUAUUCAGCGUUCCGUUAGCUGUGGUUUGGGAAGUUUGCAAGCCGAGAUCAUGGCCGACACCUCCGUGGCUCUUGCUGCAGCUAAUGUUCAACUAGUUUCAAAGAAGGUUCUAUCUAAAUUGUGCCGAUUUUACGAAGUAUUCGGAAUUCAACACUGCAAAUGUGCUCCAAUCAGUGCAUUUCCCCAUUUUCGACCUGGUGAACGAUCCGGAUUAAUUGUGGGUGGAACAGUUGCACCUCCGGUCGCCAUCCCUUUGGGUCAUAUCACAGUUACCAGUGCAUCCGGAACUAUGGCCUGUGGUCCACAAUCCAUCCUGGCUACACAGGGCAGUAGUGGAAGCAUCAGUAGUAAUUGUAGUAGCAGCACUGGUGGUGGCUCUGGUCUUUCGGGUCCAGGAACUGAUGGAAUUAACAGGACUACAGGUACAUUGUUAAGCACUGGUCAGGUGGACUACGGUGGAUCCGAUCUACGUAAAAAAACAUCUCCAGUCCCCGUAGGACCACCAGCAAUCGUUUUGGUAGAUGAAGAUUCACCUGGCAUGACAAACAAACAUAUCGAGUCGGACGCUUGUGACCAAAUCAUGGACGAUCCCGUGUCUGCUACCUCAUUCGGCUCGCCUCAUCACGUGGUCCGUCACAGUGCAUUCGGGCCAACCAGUACAAUUUCUGCUGCCGGCUCGUACUCCGGUCUCGGUACUCCAUCCCUGCGCAGUGGCUUGAGUCACUAUCGCAUGAACAAUGCGGAAAGUUCCACAGUGCAUAGUGCUCAUAUUUACGCCCGCACUGCAUCGGUAGAAGUGCCCGGCGUAGCUUCCACAUCUGGUAUGCUUAGUCAGACCGGUCCCUCUCUUCAACCAGGCUAUCCUGCGUGCUCGCCCGCUUUAGGGCUUGUACCAAACACCCCGACUCAAAUGACCGUAACCACAGAAGGUUUAGACAAACCCGAACGUUUAAGUUUGAAUUCGCUGGAGUUCCUCACGGAUACUCUGUUGGAAAUCAUGAGUUUGGUCAUCAAAGAAGUGCCGGAAUUUACACAUUGGUUAGAUCAGUGGACUCACUUGGCUAGAAAGUUUGCAUUCCAACAUAAUCCUGCUUUGCAACCCAGAGCCAUAAUAGUGCUCGGUUGUAUUUGUAAACGAUUCACCGAUACCGACAUCAAACAGCUGUUGCGCAUCAUGUCUCAAGCUCUUGAAUCCUAUGCGAAUGAGUUGGACAUGGAAAAGGAUUUGCGACAUCGGACAGUCGACACUGGUCAGGCUGGUGAGUUGCAUUUGUUUGCAAUGAAAUUAGUCAUACUUUUUAGUUCUGAAACACACUGCACUUUUUACGACUGCACAUUCAAUGAGGCAUUUUUCUAUCUAUUUCCUACUCAAAUGUGA